AUGAACGACCUGUUGAAGUUCAACAACAUCAACCUGGACGUUCUCACGGAAACCUACAACAUGCCAUUCUACAUGAGUUACAUGUCUCUUUGGCCAGAAUCGUUUCUUGUGGCUGAAGCCCCCAACGGUGCACUAAUGGGGUAUGUCCUUGGAAAAGCAGAAGGAGAGGGUCAUCUGUGGCACGGACAUGUGUCGGCUGUCACGGUCAGCCCCGAGUAUCGUCGUCUUGGGAUGGCGCAGACGUUGAUGGAUCUGUUCGAAGACAUUUGUGAAAAGACGCAUGAUGCCUUCUUUGUGGACUUGUUCGUCCGUGAAUCUAACGCUUUGGCCAUUGGCAUGUACGAAAAGUUUGGUUAUACCAUCUAUCGGACGGUCUUGGACUAUUACUCGGGAGAGUUUCCUGAAAAUGCCUACGACAUGAGGAAAGCCUUACCGAGAGACAAAGAAAAACGCAGCGUGUUACCGUUGGAGAAUCCGUGUAUACGACCAGAAGAUCUCGAGUGGUAG